AUGACCACAAAAAUUAUGAAUGCUUCUAUCAAUGUGAUAGGAGUUUUUAUAGAUCAAUUGAUUCCAGUGAAUGAGUCAUUUGUCAAGUUUAAUAUUGUGGAAGCAAGUUUUAGAUCUAAUUGUCGUGAAUUUGCUGUAGCACAUGAAAACAGGAAACUUUUACAUGUGAUUAUAUUUGACACACUAUCUGAAAGGAUGAUCAAUAGGGAGGAAUUAGAUAAAUUAGUGGAUAAGACAGACUUUUUAAAUUGUGUUAUCCCAUAUUUAUCGUGGGACAACCAAGAAAUUGCCAAACAAGUCAUUGAGCUAUACACCAAUGUAGAGCCUCCCUCAAAUUCAAGUCUCUACUGUUGGGCAACAAGUGAAAUCAAUCAAAAAGGUAUAGCUGCUGGAUCAAAAACAAUACAACUACUAUCCAAUCAAGAGGGCAAAAUCAAUCUCCAAACUUUGUAUACAAUUAAGAAUCUAGCUUAUUGCCAAACUAUGACAACAUGCUCUAUUCCCAUCACUUUAACUCUUCCACUCUACAACACUAUUAUCGAAUCAUCACCUUUACAAUAUUACAAAACCAAGACUACUGUGAAAGCUUUUCUUACUGUAAAAUUUAAGGGCAGGAUUGAGGAUGGACAAGAUACUUUCUGUUUGAGGUAUUGUUGUGAACAUGAUUUUUUCAACGAUUUAAAGUAUACAGAGCUGGUACUAUAUUUUGAAAACCAACCAGAGAAUAUUAUCACACUUUACCAUUUUGAUAUUUCAAAUUGUGAUCCACAGAAUCAUGAGGUGAAUGAAUGGUCAGAAAGCAUCAAAGAGAAAUACUUGAGUAGAGUACAGAAAGUAUUAGGACUAAAUAGAAAACUAACUCCUUGCAUGUUGGUCGAUAUAAUGUGUAAUUAUGCAUUGACAAAAAGAAUUGACCAUCUCAAUCAUAACUUGUUUACUGAUAAAGAUGAGAGACCAGGACUUUGUGUGGAACCAUUUAAACGUAUUUUAAAUGGUGUAGAGAUGGCUGAAAGUUUGUUAAGUUGA